GGUUAACAGUUGGUGUGGUAUGAGACGACGAAUUAGUGGAGUGAAUUUCCGGAAUCUGAGGCGGAGCUAGCGGUUGCGGGGAUGUGGAACUCGGUGGAGAAUCUGUCCGUGCGGUCGGCGUCGUUCAGGGAGGAAGGCGACGACGAGGAGGCGCUGCGGUGGGCGGCGCUGGAGAGGCUGCCGACGUACGCGCGCGCGAGGCGGGGGCUGUUCAGGAACAUUGUCGGCGAUGUGAAGGAGAUCGAUGUGGACAAGCUUGAGAUUGACGAGCGGAAGGUGCUCCUGGACCGGCUGUUCGCCUCUGUGGACGAUGACUGGGAGAAGUUCUUCACCCGCAUGCGACGCCGUUUCGAUAGAGUUGACUUGGACUUUCCAAAGAUUGAAGUCAGAUUUCAGAACUUGAAAGUUGAAACUUUUGUUCAUGUUGGUAGUAGAGCAUUACCCACCAUUCCAAAUUUUGUUAUUAAUAUGACUGAGGCUCUUUUACGGACUCUAAAAAUGUACUCUGCUAAGAGGAGAAAAUUGAUGAUAUUGGACAAUGUCAGUGGUAUAAUUCGACCUUCGAGGUUAACUCUUUUGCUUGGUCCACCGAGCUCUGGGAAGACAACACUAUUGAUGGCUCUUGCUGGGCGCCUUAAAUCAGACUUGCAGAUGACAGGGAAAAUUACUUACAACGGACAUGGCCUGAAUGAGUUUGUUCCUCAAAGGACAUCUGCUUAUGUGAAUCAACAAGACUUACAUGCAGCAGAAAUGACAGUUAGGGAAACUCUGGACUUCUCCGCACGCUGUCAGGGUGUUGGAUUCAAACAUGAUAUGCUUCUGGAACUUACAAGAAGAGAAAAAAUUGCUGGAAUAAUACCUGAUGAAGAUCUUGACAUCUUCAUAAAGGCAUUGGCUUUGGAGGGCAAGGAGACUUGUCUUGCUGUUGAAUACAUUUUAAAGAUUCUAGGGCUGGACACAUGUGCGGACACCCCAGUAGGUGAUGAAAUGCUCAAAGGAAUUUCUGGAGGCCAAAAGAAACGGCUCACAACAGGUGAAUUGUUAGUUGGUCCAACAAGAGCUCUGUUCAUGGAUGAGAUUUCAACUGGGCUUGAUAGCUCUACUACUUACCAAAUCGUCAGAUAUCUUAGGCAUUCAACACAUGCACUAGAUGGAACGACAAUUAUUUCACUUCUUCAACCUGCUCCAGAAACAUAUGAGUUAUUUGAUGACAUUAUAUUAUUGUCUGAAGGACAGAUAGUAUACCAAGGUCCACGCGAGGAUGUACUUGAUUUUUUCUCAUAUAUGGGAUUCCACUGUCCGGAGCGCAAAAAUGUUGCGGACUUCCUUCAAGAAGUUGUAUCAAAGAAGGACCAGCAGCAGUACUGGAGUGUGCCUGAUCGCCCUUUCCGAUACACUCCAGUAGGAAAAUUCGCUGAAGCUUUUAGUUCAUACCAGACCGGGAAAAAUUUAUCUGAAGAGCUGGGCAUUCCUUUUGACAAACGGUAUAAUCAUCCAGCAGCUUUAUCAACUUUGAAGUUUGGAGUAAACAGGAGAGAACUUCUAAGAACAAACUUUGACUGGCAGCUGUUGUUGAUGAAAAGGAACUCAUUUAUCUAUGUGUUUAAAUUUAUUCAGCUUCUUUUUGUUGCGUUGAUUACCAUGAGUGUCUUUUUCCGCACAACCCUUCAUCGUAACACGAUUGAUGAUGGAGGACUCUUUCUUGGGGCUCUGUACUUCUCAAUGAUUAUCAUUCUGUACAAUGGAUUUACUGAGGUUCCGAUGCUGGUUGCUAAGCUUCCAGUGCUCUACAAGCAUAGGGACUUGCACUUCUAUCCUGGUUGGGCUUACACUCUUCCUUCUUGGAUCUUGAGUAUUCCUACAUCAUUGAUAGAAUCUGGUUUUUGGGUAGCAGUUACAUAUUAUGUGGUUGGAUAUGAUCCUAAUAUUACAAGGUUUUUCCGGCAGUUCUUGCUAUUUUUCUUUCUCCACCAAGUGUCUCUUUCCCUUUUUCGUUUAAUGGCUGUACUUGGCCGCAAUAUGAUUGUUGCAAAUACAUUUGGGUCUUUUGCCAUGUUAGUUGUAUUGGUGCUUGGAGGAUACGUUGUUUCAAGAGACAGAAUACCUAGCUGGUGGAUCUGGGGGUUUUGGAUUUCGCCACUGAUGUAUGCUCAAGAUGCAGCUUCUGUGAACGAAUUUCUAGGUCAUUCUUGGGACAAAAGAUUUGGCAACAGUACUAGCUUGCAUCUAGGGGAGGCAGUGUUGAAGGCGCGCAGUUUGUUCCCACAGGGCUAUUGGUACUGGAUUGGCCUUGGAGCAUUGUUUGGAUACACAAUUUUGUUCAACUUCUUAUUCACAUUUUUCCUGGCCUACCUUGACCCGCUUGUGACACAUCAAGCUGUUAUUUCUGAGGAAGGUGAUCAGGAUACCAACAUUGCUAAAAAUGAUGAAGCUGUUGUUAUUCAGUUAAAAGAGUAUCUAAAGUUUUCAGGCUCACUGGCUAGAAAGAGUUUCAAACAGAAAGGCAUGGUUCUUCCUUUUCAACCUCUUUCUAUGUCUUUCAGCAAUAUCAAUUAUUAUGUUGAUGUGCCCCUGGAACUGAAGCAACAGGGAAUACUUGAAGACCGAUUGCAAUUGUUGGUCAAUGUGACUGGAGCAUUUAGACCUGGUGUGCUCACUGCAUUGGUUGGUGUAAGUGGUGCUGGUAAAACAACUCUCAUGGAUGUGCUAGCUGGUAGAAAAACUGGUGGAAUCAUUGAAGGGAAUGUCUAUAUAUCUGGUCACCCCAAAAAUCAAGAAACUUUUGCAAGAGUAUCUGGCUACUGUGAGCAGAAUGAUAUCCAUUCUCCUUGUUUGACUGUUCUUGAAUCACUACUAUUCUCUGCUUGGCUACGUUUACCACGAGAUGUUGAUUUAGAAACUCAGAAGGCUUUUGUUGAUGAAGUAAUGGAGCUUGUGGAGCUUACUCCACUGAGUGGAGCAUUGGUUGGCCUACCUGGAGUUGACGGAUUAUCAACAGAGCAAAGGAAGCGGCUCACUAUUGCUGUUGAACUGGUGGCAAACCCUUCAGUUGUAUUCAUGGAUGAACCUACAUCUGGGUUGGACGCAAGAGCUGCUGCAAUUGUGAUGAGGACUGUACGGAAUAUUGUAAACACUGGCAGAACGAUUGUUUGCACAAUCCAUCAGCCCAGUAUUGAUAUCUUUGAAUCGUUUGAUGAGCUCUUGUUAAUGAAGCGGGGUGGAGAGCUCAUUUAUGCCGGGGAGCUUGGUCCUAAGUCUUGCAAGCUGAUCGAGUAUCUUGAGGCAAUUGACGGGGUUCCAAAAAUUAGGCUUGGCUAUAACCCUGCCACAUGGAUGUUGGAGGUUACAUCAUCAAUAGAAGAAGCCCGACUUGGUGUUAAUUUUGCAGAGAUAUAUCGAAGAUCAAAUCUUUUUCAGCAUAAUAAAGUGUUGGUUGAGAGGCUAAGCAGACCAAGCAAUGAUUUGAAGGAUUUGAAUUUCCCAACUAAGUACUCUCAAUCAUAUUAUAAUCAAUUUCUGACCUGUCUAUGGAAGCAAAAUCUGUCUUACUGGCGAAACCCACAAUACACCGCAGUUCGCUUCUUCUAUACACUCAUUAUAUCAUUGAUGUUGGGGACAAUAUGUUGGCGAUUUGGUUCUAAAAGAGACACACAGCAGGAUAUAUUUAACGCCAUGGGAUCCAUAUAUGCAGCAGUACUCUUCAUUGGAGUCACAAAUGCCACUGCUGUUCAACCUGUUGUCUCAGUUGAAAGAUUUGUGUCGUAUAGAGAGAGGGCUGCAGGGAUGUAUUCAGCUUUACCAUUUGCAUUUGCCCAGGUUGUUAUUGAGUUUCCAUACGUGCUUGCGCAAUCACUAAUCUACUGCGCGAUAUUCUAUUCGAUGGCAGCCUUUGAAUGGUCUGCGUCGAAAUUCAUUUGGUAUAUAUUCUUCAUGUAUUUUACAAUCUUGUACUUCACCUUCUACGGAAUGAUGACAACUGCGGUCACACCUAAUCACAAUGUGGCUGCUGUCAUUGCCGCUCCUUUCUAUAUGCUUUGGAACCUUUUCUGCGGAUUAAUGAUACCCCACAAGAGAAUACCAAUAUGGUGGAGAUGGUAUUACUGGGCAAAUCCAGUUUCAUGGAGCCUAUACGGCAUUGUUGCUUCCCAGUAUAGCGACGUCAGCAGUCUGAUAAAACUACCAGAUGGGAUGGAUUCAUCAGUUCCUUUGAGACUGUUAAUCAAGAACGUGUUUGGGUACAGGCACGAUUUUGUUGGCAUUGCUGGUUUCAUGGUUGUCGGCUUUUGCGUUUUAUUCACUGUGAUUUUUGCGUACGCAAUCAAAUCGUUCAACUUCCAAAAGAGAUGAGAGAUUCUAUCAGCAAAUGUCAACCGCUUCAGAUUGGUGAUUCCACUUUCGAAGAAAUCAGUGUAAGAUUAUGCAUAUUAUGAAUAUAAUCGUAUUAUAUAUACAGCAGUACAUAUAUAUUCACAGCACUCAUUCAUAUUCCAUUCAAUUACUCUAUGGGUACGGCGUGACCGAAUAAUGCUUGUUCAGUUUUGUAAAAUCGAUUUCAUUUUCUUCAGUCGUAAGAAACAGUUAUGUAUUUA